GCUACACUGAACGGUGAGUGUGUGGCAAAGACGACUUCCACUUACAAAAAGUGUGAAAAUCCAAUGACCUGGCAGAUUACUCACUUUAAACGAGCUCUUGAUGGGGUUGAGGAGUGUGUAAAGCGUCUCAGGAGUGUGGCUGACUCAUGUUAUGAAAGCAACAAAUUUGCAGAGGAAAAUCGCCAUGAUUCAGGUAAAAUUUUCACCUUGUUUGAAACAGUUGCCGUCUCAAAAAUUUUAUUUCAAGGGAUAAUUAGAUAGAGAGGUUCGUAGACUCAAAUAAACUUGGGAUGGUUAGGAUAACACUCAAGCUUUUUUUCCUUAUUAUUUCUUAUUUACGGAUGUGCUUGGUAAUCAUGUCUGGGUUAAUUUCUUUACAGGGGGCUCCUUUCGCGAUGCUCUGAAUCGGCAAAAUGAUGUGUUAGCAGUCUGAGAAAAACAAUUAUUAUCAAGCCGAUUUAUUUUUAUGUGGAAGGGAAUAUUUUUGUAACUGAAGUUAUGCUUUCUCUUUCCUGUGUCUCUUUUUAUGACUUAAAUUAAUAACUAAUCAACGAAUGAUUGAGAUGAUAGUAAAAACUUCAAUUAACUCGACAUCACCCACCAGCCCUCUUUUAUCGGGCAUUUUGAACUGAGAGAUAUUCAUAUAAAGUCAAUCGCCAUUGAAAGUACCUUCUCAGAAGGCAAUUAACAUUUUGAAGUAAAGGGUCAUUAUUUUCACUAUCGUGUACUGAAUUUACGAGAAUGCUGUAGUAGUUAGUAGAUACAUGUGGAUUAUUUCAACUUUUGUCAUUGCUGGGAGCUAUAAAGAUUGCAAUAUAACUGGAGAACUGUAUACUUUAGUUCUGUGAUACGAAAUCUUGUUCGUGACUGAAUUGUACCAUGAUGCACUGAUUCUUUGUUUAACAUGAAUGUUUUUGACGACCGUGUCUUUUCUCAGGGGUAACACAAGUGGCGAAAGCCCAAUUAGGUGAGGAGGGUUAUUUUGGAGAUACAGAAAAAUCUGACACAGAGAGUGAAGAUUCUUAUCGUAUGGAUAAUAACAAAAACGAAAUAGAGGAAGGUAAGUUUCUGCCUAUAUGCAUGCUGGUGCUCUGAGAUAACUAAGGUCGCAAAUUUAGAAUUAAGGUAGAAGAUGAUCCAAUUAAUUGCGGCUAAGUUUUCCGGAAUGCACUGAGGGGAAAACUUAUGGCUUAGGAUGUAAUCCACAGGCAACAAAAUUGGCGGGUCUUUUUCCAUCAUUAAUUUUCAAUGUGCAAGGCUAGUUG